CAGGGAAAGACUCGGCGCACUCACCGCUGGAUGACAGCCACUCUAUGGUAUCUGCCGAAGAUGGCGGCGCCCAUGGUCUCCGCACCGGGGAGGUUGCAGGCGUUGGUAAGAAGAACAGAAAGCUCGCUACUGGCACAUGUUCAGAGCCGCUCCGUUCAGACCACGUCUGUCUGCCUAAAGAACCGAGCUGCCCGAGUGCGAGUGGGUAAAGGAGACAAGCCUGUGACAUAUGAAGGGGCGCAUCCUCCGCAUUACAUUGCUCACAGAAAAGGCUGGCUGUCUCAGCACACAAGUAAUUUGGAUGGAGAGGGAGGAGCAGCAGAACGCACUGUAGAAGACGUCUUCAUCCGCAGGUUUAUAUUUGGCACGUUCCAUGGAUGCCUGGCUAACGAGAUUGUGAUUAAGCGCCGCGCCAAUCUCCUAAUCAUCUGUGCUAUCUUUAUCCGCAAAUUGCCUGCACAGAAGUUCUACUUCCUGAUUGGCUACACAGAAACACUUCUCUCUGUUUUGUACAAAUGUCCUGUCAAAAUGGAGGUGCAGACGGUGGAGGAGAAGGUCAUCUAUAAAUACCUGUAAUAGGCAGGCAAUGACUGGGGGGGCAUGGUUUUCCCUGGGAACUUGCACUGACUGUGCCUUGUAUGUUGCAGGUGAAUACAGAAUCACAGGUAUUGGGGAUAAAAUGCUUUAUAUUGCAGCAGAAUUGUACAUUGUGUGCAGCAGAAACGGGAAGCUGUGGCGUUGUGCCUCCAGCUACUGUCAGGAUGAGGAACUCUGAAAGCCCAACAUGUAAAGCUGUUAAAGUAAAAAAAAUAAAAA